AUGUCUAAUCUUACAUCAUUAAAAAUAUUGGAAUUGGUGGAUUUGAUGUUGGAAAAUAAUGAUGCAAAAUUCUUAUUGGAUGACAUAUGCAACAAUUGUUAUUUAAAACUUAAAAAUUUAGUUAUUAUUAAUACCACUAAAGAUAUUUUUCCAUUAAUACAUCCUGGAGUUUUUUUAAAUUUAAAUAUUUUAGUAAUUAGUCCUCAAAAUCUUUGUGAUGAUUUAGUUCAUUUAUUGGGUUUUACUUCAAUACAACAUCUUCACAUUAAAUCCAAUUCAUACUCAAUGGCAACUGAAGCCUGUGAACCUAUUUCAUACAGGAUUUGGGAGCAGACAAAAAAGCAAAAUCCAACAUUAGGAGUACACUUGGAGGGAAUGAAUGAAAUUUUUUGGCAAAAUGGUGCUCCAGUAAAAUCAUUAAUACUUAAUGGAAAUAAAAAAAUGAUUCAAGCCGAUAUUGUUAUGCAGGCAAUCGAACAAUAUGAUAAUUCAUUAGAAGCAUUUAUUUUCAAUGGAAUACCAAGAUUUUACAGAUCGAAAUCUUUUCACGACAGAGCAGACAAUUCUUUAAUGUUACUAAGUCAUCAGUGUUCCAAUCUAUCAAUUUUGGUUAUUCAUGAAAGAAUAUCAACUGCAACUAUUUUACUGAUUGCCAGCACUUUAAAGAACUUAAAAUAUCUAAUUGUGAGAAGGAAUGCAAUAAUAAUUAAAAUGGAUUGGCCAAAAAGACAUAAUUGGUCUGAUGAUUUUUAUACAUGGAUGAAAACAAAUUCAAAAAAAUAUGAGUUAGUAGAACGAGAAAUAUCAAUUAUUAUGGGUUACAGGUGGAAAAUGUUGACUGAUAAAGAAUUUAAAAAUCUUAAACUUACACCAUAUAAAAGUAAAUUAAAUUCAUCUAUAUUUGAUUUUACUUUUAAUUAA